AUGUAUGGUAGUCGUUUGACUCGGGAAUCCCUUCGCCCAGCUAGCUCGUCCGUGCCUGGCUUAAGUAUUUGGCCUGGUACGCAGUCCAGUCCUCUUCUCCGGAUACCUCCAUUGAAUCAUGGUGAGAUCAAACCACCAAAAGCUCUGACUUCAAGUUUUAGUUUAGGUGGGACCCGGGUCUCUGGAGGCUUUACUGGUCAAGACUUCUUGGUCUUUACUCGUGGCCUAAACCAACCACGGGCAAGGAGAGGUGUGGUGCGUACCGAGCCUAAUAGGCUUUCUGCUUCAAUAGCUCUACUCUCUCUUCAUCUGGAAGAAAUGCCCCUCCAGGCUUUAAAGAAGAAAGACCAGGCUUCAAGGGCUUUAGCUUUGAGGAAAGAAAGAUCCCAAGCUUAUGCUGAAUUUAGAGUGGAUGUGCCUUGGUCUUCUGUGAGUUCCAGAGAUUUAGAUCAAGGUAGUUCAGUUCUACGAGGCUAA